CAUUAAUAAGCCCUUCCCCCCCUCUCUCUCUCUCUCUCUGGAGAACAGUUUUCAUUUUCAUCACAAAUUUCAUACUUAUUUGUGUGUUUUGUGUAUCAGGUUUGAAGUUGGGGCAUGGAGGGAGGUGAGUACAGGAGCAUGAGUAAUGGGAAGGUUGUGAAGAAUGAAGAACAACAAUGGGGUUUCGCCAAACAAGAAACAUUUUCAAGCGAUCAAUUUCUCCAUUGGCCUGCAAGGAAAUACACUUGUAAUUUUUGCAGGAGGGAAUUCAAAUCUGCUCAAGCUCUGGGAGGGCAUAUGAAUGUUCAUAGAAGGGAUAGGGGAAGAUUGAGAUAUUGGUCUUCUUGGAUGCAUAACAACUCAUACCCUACCCCUAGUUUCUGUUUGCCGCCUCCACCGCCAUCUUGCUUCAGUUUCAGACCAAGUAUUGAGAACAGCUCCUUGAGUUGCAUUGAGGGAAGUGGGAGCUGUUCAAGGAGCAAUGAAGGAGAUGAAGAUGCUGAUGUGGAUGGGGUGAAGAAGAAGAAGAGGAAGAAAGGUUCAGUUAAUUUGGAGGGGAAGAUGGGGAAUUUGGUAGGUUGUUCAAGUGAGGAUCUGGAUUUGGAGCUACAUCUUUAAGUUUCUAUGUAUAAACUCCCCUUGUUUUGUUAACAUGUGUUUUGUGUGCCCUUUUUUCUUUACCUAAUUUCUUUUUUAUGGAAACUUUGUUGCCUUUA